AUGAAUUCCCCAUCCACACUCCAGCAGCUGGCAAUAAGAAGUCUACUACAAGAUUAAGCCCUGGUUUUCUCUGCUCUGAAGAACCUGCCCAUGGUACUCUUCCCACCGCUAUUCAAAGGCGCUUUCGAUGGCCAACAAACAAAUAUCCUGACAGCGAUCGUGGCAGCCUGGCCCUUCCGAUGCCUUCCUGUGGGAGCCCUGAUGAAGACCCCUGACCUGGAGACCUUGAAGGCUGUGCUGGGUGGCCUUGAUUUGCUGAUUAAGGAAAAGGAUAGACCUAGGAGUUGCAAACAAGAAGUCCUUGAUCUUCGGGAUGCCCAACAUAACUUCUGGAAUUGGUGGUUCUCCCAUCUGGUGAAGCUCCAGCAUCUCUAUUUGAAUGGUGUUUUCUUCCUAAAUGAAAGAUUAGAACAAGUACUCAG